AUGGCUGGGCAGGGGCAGACCCUGCUUGGGGGCUGUGAGCAGACAUCCCCGGGGGUGACCCUCACCGACAGCCUCAUCGCCACGAGGAACCUGCCUCAGCUGGUGGAGCCCCCGCGCCCAGAGAGCUGGCGAGGAUCCACACAGAGCCCACCUUCAUCACCCAGGCUGACAAGGACGGGCUCCUGGCACAAAGGACACCCUGAGCACCCCCCUGCCUCUAGAUCCACGGAGCUGGUGUCCCCCUCGACCAUCCGCUUGGACCGGGAGAACAUCUGUGCUAUCGGGAGGCUCCAGAGCCUGCGGGAGAUUCACAGCCUCUACCUGCAGCAGAACCAAAUUGAGAAGAUCGAGAAUCUGGGCUGCUUUCCCAACCUGCGGUUCCUCUCCCUGGCUGGAAACCGCAUCCGCAGAGUAGAGAACCUGCAGCCCCUGCAACACCUGCGCGUCCUGGACUUGUCCCACAACCAGAUACAGACGCUGGACCCAGACGAGCUGCCCCACAGCCUCCGUCUCCUCGACUUGACGGGAAACGAAUGCACCCACCAGCACGGAUACAGAGAGCUGGUGGUGGGAGCCCUGCCCCACCUCCUGCAGCUUGAUGCCCAGCCCGUCCGUGGUGGCGUGGGUGAGGAAGAGGAGGAAGGAGGCUCAUCCAGCACUGAGGAUGAAGAUGACGAGUUGCUCUCUGAGCCAAGCGGCCCUUUCACUGCAGGCAAAGAGUUCUUUGCGGAUCUGCACCGGGAGCUGGCCGGGCGCUCGUGGCGGAGGCGGAGGGAGGCCCUGGAGGAACACUGGACCCGUCUGGAAGAGCUGGAGGAGCUGCAGGAGCGCCACAGCCACCUCAAAAACACCGAUUCCUCCGGGGCACGUUAG